AUGAAGAUAUUUCUUAAUUUUGGACUUCUCCUAUUUUCUGUUGUACCGUGUAUCUUGAUGUUGAUUCAAAACCCAACUAAACUUCAAGAUCGCGACCAUUGGUACGAAGAGGCCCGAUCCGCGUUGAAAAAACGGUUGGCCAGCUUCGAGGGUAAAAUGGGAAGAGCGAAAAACGUGGUGUUUUUAGUAGGCGAUGGAUGGGGCGCGUCUACGUUGACCGCAUCGAGGAUAUUCAAAGGACAGAGACGGGGCAACCAAGGUGAAGAGGAGCAAUUGAUUUGGGAUACGUUUCCCGCUGUGGCAAUGGCAAAGGUAGGAUGUUGGCCACGUUAUUCUAAGAUCUUAUCAAAGUGUUUCGUUGCUAGGACUUUUUUGGUCGUGAGGGUUUGUGUAAAAAAAAAAAAUAUAUAA